AUGGGGCGUCGAUCAAUAAACACCACUAAAAGUGGUAAAUAUAUGAAUCCAACUGACCAAGCAAGAAAAGAAGCCAGAAAAAAAGAGUUAAAGAAAAAUAAAAGGCAAAGGCAAAUGGUAAGAGCAGCAGUGUUGAAAAUGAAAGAUCCUACACAAAUUCUAGAGGAGUUACAGAAAAUCGAUGAAAUGGAAUAUAAUGUACUACAACCUUCACCACUGAAUGAAAAAGUUUUGAAAGAAAAGAGGAAGAAGUUGAGAGAAACAUUUGACCGUGUUCUUAAGAUGUAUGACAAAGAUGAUCCAGAAAAAUGGGUGGAGCUGAAACGCCAGGAAAUGGAGUAUGAGAAGAGGAGAGCACAUUUGAUUUCAUAUUAUGAAUCUGUGAAACAUGCUCAGUCAGUUCAAGUGGACGACAUUCCAUUGCCAACUUUGCAGGUUCCUGACAACUUAAUAUAUGGAAAUGUACCAUCCCAAAUUCCUUUGCCCAUUGAUACAGUGCAUCCAGUAAUACCAAAGCCAAUUCUGAAAAAGGACUCAGUUUACAGAGAAAAACCAGUUGGCGUAGAACCUCCAGGGGUACCGCCUGGUCCGCCGCCUGAUUACGAAUUUUUAAUAUUUGAAGCAAUGAAAACGGACGCACAAAAAGAGAAGAAAAGCCUUCGCUUCUCUGACUUACCGGAUGAAGGUCCACCUGGGGAAUGUGUUCAUACACCUCAAAUAGCAGUCGAAAACCAACCAGUGCACGAAGAUUUUGAUGGAGAGGCAAUAGAUGAAUCUGAACGGCCGUCUUCUCCACAAUCUGCUGCUCCUGCACCGAAACCCACUUCUUUGCAACAGAGAAUGUUGGCGUUGUCUGGUCAGAAUAUUGACGACUUUAUGAAAGAAAUGGAAGAAGUACACAAGAAGAGAGAAAGAGAUAGAGCUGCUGAUUUGAAUGCUCGGUUAAGCGCACUAAAGCGCACAGGAGGCGGCCGUGACAGCGACUCCGAUAGUGACACGGAGACCCACCAUCUGAUGCAGCAAGGGGACUUCGCCCUCGAGCCUCCGGGGGCUGAAUUGCGACCGAUGCCACCGCCGCUAUUGCCUCCAGGGUUGCGACCGCCGGCGCUUCGAUUGCCGGGCGCGCCGCCGGGGUUGCCGCCGGGGCUUCCGCCAGGGCUGCCGCCGGGCGUGCCGCCGGUUCCCCCCGGCGCGCCCCCGGCCCCCCCGGCCGGCGCGCCCCCGGAAUGGCGGCGCGCGGCGCUCUGCGGCCGCCCGGGCCGCCGCCGGGUGCACCACCGCGCCUGCUGCGCCCGCUCGUGCCGCCCCCGCCGCCCCAUGUCUCCGUGCUCUCCGCUGCGCCGCAGCUCAUACAUAAGAAGGACGGCGCACACGGUGCGACAAUAA